AUGCCUGGUGAGUUUAUACAGAAACGCUUCAGCCGGAUAGCCAAGCUAUGGUCUCCGUCUCCCAUUCCCGCUAAAGAGGAGGCGGUGGCGGAGAAGGAAAGGCCUAAAGAAGUCAUUACUGAGAAUAAAAACCACCCGGAAGACCCAUGGAUCGUUGAAGAUAGGCCGAUCGACGGCGCUCGCCCAAUUCGAGUUGUCAUUGUAGGCUCUGGGUUGUCGGGCAUCCUCGCUUCCAUUCGAUUUAGGCAACGCAUCCAGAAUUUGAGCCUCACGGUGUAUGAAAAGAACGAAGAUAUUGGAGGAACCUGGUAUGAAAACAAGUACCCGGGAUGUGCAUGUGACAUCCCCGCACACACCUAUCAAGCCACAUUUGAGCCCAAUCCAGAGUGGUCGCAUUUCUAUGCAGGUGCAAAGGAAAUCCAUCAGUAUUGGGAAAAAGUGGCCCGAAAAUAUGGGUGCAUGAAGUAUAUCCAACUCAAGCACAGGGUUCUCGAAGCCCACUGGGAUGAUAACGAGGCCAAGUGGAAUCUCAAAGUUGAAAAUUUGGAAACCAACUCAGUCUUGUCUGAUUCUUGUGAUGUCUUGAUUUCUGCCACGGGUGGGUUGAAUAAUUGGAAAUGGCCUGAUAUUCCGGUCACUCAGGGCAAACGAAUUGCCGUCAUUGGUAACGGAUCUAGCGGAAUCCAAGUCGUUCCGUCGAUGCUCCCAGAUGUCAGUCAUAUUGACCACUACGCUCGCGGCCGUACAUGGCUGGCUCCUACCAUUGCUCGUGCCAAGAUUGACGAGAGAGGCGGUGUUGGUUUAGAUAACAUUGCAUUUUCAGCCGAGGAGAUUGCGCAUUUCAAGACAGACAAGGCAGCAUACCAAAAGUUUAGAAAAGAGAUCGAGCACGACCUGCAGAAUGACUUUGCAGUAACAAUAAAGGGAACUCCAGAGCAACUCGGCGGUCCCGAUUUCUUCAAAGUAAACAUGAAGCGCCGCCUAGCCAACAAGCCAGAACUCCUAGAUCAACUUGUGCCUCCAUUCCCGCCAGGUUGCCGUCGAUUAACACCCGGACCAGGGUAUUUGGAAGCCCUGACGGAUGACAAAGUCGACAUGAUCAAGACCGAAAUCGCGGCGAUUGAUAGCGAAGGCAUCCGCACUGCAGACGGAGUGCAUCGCCCUGUCGAUGUGAUUGUAUGUGCUACUGGCUUUGACACGACAUUCCUCCCUCGCUUCCCAUUUACUGGUCGCGGGGGCAUUUCCCUGGCAGACAAGUGGAGGGAAGUUCCUGAGACGUAUAUCUCCGUUGCGACCAACGAAUUCCCCAACUAUUUUAUUUCCCUAGGGCCGAACGCUUCUCUGGGCCAUGGCAGCUUGUCGCUUCUUAUUGAAAGGGCGAUUGACUACAUGACCUACUGCGUGGCCAAAAUGCAACGAGACAAUAUUCGCUGGAUGAUGCCUCGAAAGGAGGCCGUUGAUCGUUUCACCAAGCAUUGCGAACAGUAUUUCACUAGGACGGUGUUUAGCACCAAGUGUCGCAGCUGGUACAAGGGUGGGAAAGAGGAGGGUCGCAUCACGGCAGUUUGGCCUGGUUCUUCGCUUCACGCUCUCAAGACCUUUUCCAACCCCCGCUGGGAGGACUUUGAGUAUGAAUAUGUCAACGACAACCCCAAUGGCUGGCUGGGAGACGGCUGGACUGCAGCAGAAAAGGCGCAUUCGUUUGAUGUCAAUUAUCUGGAUGACGAUCAGAUCGAUUUUCCGCCGGUGGUUGAAGAGCACAGUGUGUUUAUCUCCGGACCGGUAAUAUAUUCUGAUUAUGGAGGAUGCGAGUUGGCGCCACCAGACGAAACAGCGUACGGUGUUGAUGGACUGUCUGAUUUCAUUUCAGUAUAUUCAUGGGGAGGUAGAGACGACGACCCAUUGGCAUUCCCCUACCACGACAUUUGUCUACACACGAUGCUCGACCGUGUAAUAUCGCACAUGUCUAGCAGUGGCAGCAGCGGCGAGUCUAUGGACAAGGAAGUCGUCUACCGUGCAUUGAAAGGAUUCGGCACUGAUUCCUCGGAAAACUACGCGGCGCAUCUGGAUCGUCUAGACUACGGGGAGCAGAUGGAAGACCUGCACGGGCAGUACUGGUACAUCAGUCCCGGCGCCGAGUCCUACAUGGUGAAUCCCGUAACGAUCCCUGCUUUGCAGGAGUAUUAUUCGCAGUUGCCGCUUCUUCAAUCAUCGCCAGAAAAGUCUGCAAGUGUACAGGGGUCGGAAGCUGCAACGACGAGUGAUAUCUUUGCCGGGCUUCCCUUGGAGUUAGUCCAGCAUAUUACGCGGUUUAUCCCCAUAGAAAGUGUGAAUGCGUUACAGCAAGUAAACUCCUCUGUGGCUGUGUUUACCCAGACAAACAGCUUUUGGAAAGAGAGGAUUCUGCAAGACAUGCCGUGGCUCUACGACCUGCCUGAAAGGAAAAACACGGGUCUUGACUGGGCUCAGAUUUACAAGGAGCUGCUUUUAAAAAGCGAAAAGACCGAGCACAUUAUCCUGGGUCUAGCAAACAGACGAAGAAUCUGGCUGCUAUGUGAGCAAAUUGCCGAGUCGUACAUGGCACUCAAGCAGGCCAAAGACACCCAAAGACACUCGUCUCUCCUAGAGGCCGUUUCCGACAAGAUGAUAAAAGUGGGACAUCUCCCAGGCGCCAAGUUUGAAAUGUCCAAGCUGGCGCUGUUUGACAAUGUCGAGGAUGUUGGGGAGCACGAGUCUACUCUAAAAGUGCACUGGACUCGCGAGGGCUACUUGCUGGGAUUCAGUAUCAAGACGGCCGCCGAUUCCACUUACCACCAUCUCGGAGCGUCAAACCGCGUCGCAGCGCGCUCUGACUCAGUUUCUAUCCGCCAGGGUGAUUGGCUCCGCGGGUUUGUCUUCAUAUCGAACGACGGAAUCGAAUACACCUACCUGUGCGAAGAAGACAUAGGACGGGUCGUGGUCGGUAUUGAGCUCAUUUUCGAACAUGGCGAUAGCCUGCUACUCGGCCAGAGCAAAGGAGACAGACGAAUCGCCCAAGUCGCCGAGGGCCAGCUACUGAUCGGCCUUCUCGCGGAGUGGUCACAAACCGGCGGCAUCGUGCGACUGUCAUUGCUUCGACAUGCGCAGAAAGUAAUGCCGAGCAGCGAUUCCAGUAAAAAAGCCAAUAUUCGGACAAACAAGUCCCUGGGCUCGAUUCUCUGGAGAAAAGAGCUGCCGCCGCCACAUCUAAAAAUUACCGAGCCGUUGAUCGGAUACUGGGCAUCGGAUUUCUCCGUCGAGCUGAACCCGCACGACGCAGUGGUGUUUGGGCAGAAUGAGGCGGAGCUGGCUGCCCUAACGACGAUUUCUAUUGAUGCGCAGUUUGGUGGUCUUGAGCUGGGUUACGCAGACGGGUCUACCAAGGCAUAUGGCCCGCAACGAUGGGGAAUGUCUUCAUUCCGCAUCGACGGGCCUGGCGGAGAGCGCGUCACGGCCGUGUUCAUGGACGUCAAGACGCACCCCAAUGGACUCCGGCUGGUCACGAAUCGCAACCGGCAGUUUACAGUUGGGCCAAAUCUGGCACCAGGAAGUAAUAUCACCCGGUCGAGCGCGAGAAAAGUAGUUUGCGGGCUGUUUUGUGCGUGGUCGAAAGAUGACGGCACUGGCCAAGCGCGAAUGGACUCGCUGGGGGUGCUGACGUUUCCUGGAUCAUACGAGCCAGCAAACAACAUCGAGGAGGAGGACUACGAAGGACCGCGCGAUGCGGCCGGACUGUGGUGGGAGCCCGAGGCGCCGCCAUCAUCCUGGCGCGAAGACGGGCCUGUAUACGGCCAACACGAGCUACAGACACGCUGGCGGACCAUGCAGACCAAGCCGAGCGAGCACGAUGUCGCAUACUGGUUCGACUUGACGCGGCGCGUCGACAACGUGCGAGUGACAUUUACGCACGGCGAUAAAAAGCUCCAAAACGGCGCCAUGUCUCUGGUUAGUAUCACUUUACAGUAUACCGACGGCAACCGGGUGAGCGCCGGGCCCGACGGGUUUGACGGCUAUAGCAAGGCCUGCGAUAAUCACAAGAACGAGAAAGAGAAAAAAGGGUGGCCGUUUUGCUGGUGCCAUUACGGCUUCACAGACAAGAAAGAGCUCGCACAGGCGCCGCACUACCGGCACGAGGAGUUUGCCGUUGGCGGCGAGUAUAUCCAGGCCAUUCGCCUCUGGACAUGCCCGUGGCUACAGGGCCUCCAGUUUGUGAGUACGCGCGGAGGUGGAGCCGAGGGGCCAACAUGGGGCGUGUGCGAAGGCGAACCAACUACGAUUCUUCAGUUUGGGCAUGAUACUUCUGCUGUCGGGCUCAAGGUGGGAAUGGCGGGUAAUGAGCGGCCGACGACGUAUUUGGAUCGUAUUGUAUUCAGUUUGCAGGCGCUGGUCAAGGCGUAG